UAGACGUUAAGUAUUGUAUUGUGGCUUUUGCACACUUUUUUUAAUUUGCAGCAUGAUAUGUUAAUGAAUUUUUUGCAGGUCUUACUACUGGAUCAUCCAAGAAAGCGUAUUCGUGAUACAGCUAAAUAUAAACCAUUUCAAGAGAAAGUAAAGGUAAUCAGCGCAUGGUUACAAAACAUAUAGUCCAAUUUAGCAAAAUUUGGUUUCAUCUGAUCUUACCUACAGUAGUUUCAGGGUAGAAAACUAGCAACAAUGGUGUCAUUCGUACUGGAAAAUCCCUAAUUGGUGGGGAGAAAAUGCAGUGAGCAUAUAUGAAGAAUGCUAUAAAGAACCCAUAUCUGACUUCCACUAUCGCUACCGUUACCAUUAACCAAGCAUUUAUUCUAUCCGAUUAACCAAUCAAAUGCGUGAUAAACCUGUGAGGGGUAGCGGUAGUGAUAGUAGAAAACAAAUGUGAACCUCACUGAUGCAUGGAUGAGAAUGAAAGAAAUGAUCAGUAACAUAACAUCGCUCUAUGUCAGAAAUUGUGUUGCAAGUUGCAUAAAAAAAUGCUACGUUAAGAUGGUCUAACAUACUUUUUAUAUUUGAAGACGGAGCGUCCAUCGUUGAAGAAACUUGCGAAAGAAAUCUUGUCUCUGUCAAUUCAAGCCGGUGAACAUUCUUCGGUAAGCACAUACACACCUAACAAUUAAUCACAACAGAAAAUAUAUGUCAUUAAUGAGUUGGCAAUGAAUUCGUCCAUAAACAACAUAUCUAAAAUCCAUGAAUUCUGCUGGGUCGACUGGCACGUUUUAAUUGUUUCAAUUUCUUUAAAGGUAGAAGAUGCGCGUGCUGCCAUGAAGCUGUACUUUACACAUCGCAGAGAGUGGGAGAAAUAUAUAAAAAAAAUAGAUUUCAGAAGACUAAAAUUAAACCUGAUAAGAGCAGUUGACAUACAGAUGGUUAACCUAGAAUGACAUGCAUGCGUUAUUCAAAUUGACGGAGUAAAUCAAGAUUUAAGACCAAUGCUAUCCGCCGCUGGCAGACGUGUUUCUCUACACUCGUUGACAUUGUAGAAAAUAUAGUUAAACAAAAGUGUAACUGGACUCGAACACUAACUUAAAAGAAAGUGACCGCAAUAUCGUUGGUUCCAAUGUAGUUAGCGAAGAAUACAACCUGAGAACUUGUUUUGAUGAUGCAACUAUUUCCAAAAAUUUCCAGACGAAGGGACUUUGUUUGAAACGUCAAAGCUAUUUUUGUAUUUUUCAAGUAGUUGUAUCGUCUACACAGGAGUUCGUAAAAUAUUCUUCCUGUUUGUUCGUUCUCGUGCAAUACACCCUUUCAAUAAUUAUAUCACAAGUACGUCCUUGGCUUAGGAGCCUCGCUCUCAUGAAUAAAGACAAAAUUCCAUUUGUUCAUGAUUCAUGCAUGGGAACGAAACUCAGACCAAGCAGGGAUUUGUGACGCAAUUAUCGACCGGGUGUUGUUUAAAUGAUUUGGGGUAACAUUCCAUGACGUUUUAGUCACUAUCAUUGACUUCAAUUUUGAAUACGUAUUCAUCCACUUAACUGGAUAAAGUCAAAUACAUAUACAGUAAC